GAAAUAAAAUGGAAUUGGAAACUCAAUGCGAAAUUCAUUGAUAAUAAUGCUGCUGUAAAUUCAUAUUGAUUGAUUUUAAUUAAUAAUUUACAUAAUUCAAUCGUUCAUCUCGUGUUGAAUUCUAAAUUACAUUUCAUUUUAUUUCGCUUGUUCCGGUUAUUCUACUCGUUUCAACUAUUCCGCCUAUUCCUACUGUUCCGCAUUUAUGUAACGGCCAUGAUAUCACUUGUUGAUUAUCACGUACUCUCGUCGGAAGCCGGCAAUUUUUGUGACGCAUUUUUAUGAGUUUAUUAGAAUAAUAUAUUAUUGCAUUGUUUAUUAUUUAAAAAAAUAAAGAACAAAAUGUAUCUUGUGCAAUUUGAUAAGAAAAAUUUAUAUCAUAUUUGUGAUGACAAUUCUAUUAUUAAAACAGAAGAAGCUUAUUUAGAAGAAGGUGACAAAGUUCAAUUUAUUUUUAAAAAUAAAGUGCAUAAUGGAAUUAUAUUGAAAAAAUCAGAUGACAGAAAUUCUCUGAUAUCUGAGAAGAAAAAGUUAGAACAAGCCUCUUCGAAGAAAACAAAUAUUGAUUUGAAUAAAUCUAGUUCUUUAGGUAAACGAAAACGUAUAGCAGCAAAAAAAUGGUCUAGAAUAACCCCAAAAAAAGAAAAAACAACAAAAAAUGAUGUUCAGAAAAAACAGAAGAAAAUUUUAAAAACAAAAGAAAACAUUUCGUCCUCAGAAAGUAGUGAACCGAAUGAACCAUGUACAUCGAAAGUACAAGAUAUUUCAAAAUUGAAGAAAAGAAAUGUACCAAAAAUAAAUAUCGGAGAAGCUAGGGAUGAUUAUUCUAUUGAUACAGCAAAAAAUGUGGAGCAAAAUCGAAAUAAAUUAGCACCUGGAGAUGAACAACAUUUUGAUGACAUGCAGGAUAAUUCGCGGUAUUGUAUACAGGAUGAUGGUGAAGAUGGUAUACAAGAAAAUUAUCAAGAUGUGAUUGAGGAAAAUAAUCAAGAUGCUAUACAAAAUAAUGGUAAUGAUAACGACCAGGAAGAAGAGGUACAUAUAAAUCAAGAAAAUAUUAUGCGUAAUGCCAAUAUUAAUAGAGAAAAAAGAGAGCUAGAUGAUGAUGACAAUAUCGAUUAUUCAGUACCAGGUAGUCAGUUAAUCGGUAGAGUUCAUCGUAAUGAGCAGAUGAUUGAAUUACGAGAAAACAUAUAUUGUCGAAAAAUAAUACUGGACAGUGCUAUAGGAGGGUCACGAAAAGCAUCUCACAUUGCAAGACGCUUGAUUGAAGGUGUAUUCAAGCCACAUGCUUUGUCCAAGUGCACUUUUACUGGCCAAUCAGUUCGCUCACAAGGCCGAGAACGUUUACAACAAACCACAUAUUGUCUCGAUGGAACAGCUAAAAAGGUUAUCAUUGAAUAUUCAAAAGAAAAAGCGACUGAGCUGGGGCUUGAAGUUCAAAGUGAUAAUUACAUCGGAAAAGCAAUGUCACAACGAUUGGGAGAGAUUAAGAGGGAAUACCAAUGUGCAAGAAGUACAUUCCAUAACAACUAAUACUCACAGAAAACGUGAUUUUGGAAAAAUUAUUUCAAUUUUUUAUUCAUUUGCAUGCUUUAAAUGAUUUUCAUUAUCAAAGUUUAGUUUUUUAGAGCUCGAUGCUCAUUGAUAUUUUUAUGUCAUAAUUUAAUUUAGAAAUAUUUUGGUAACUUGUCUACUUCUAUGGAUAUAGACUGAUUAUUUGUGUAGUUACAUUAUUAUUCCGGUAUUGUUAAUUUGUAAUACGUCCAAUAAGAAGUCAUAAUUUAAAUGAUUUUCAUUAUCAAAGUUUAGUUUUUUAGAGUUCGAUGCUCAUUGAUAUUUUUAUGUCAUGAUUUAAUUUAGAAAUAUUUUGGUAACUUGUCUACUUCUAUGGAUAUAGACUGAUUAUUUGUGUAGUUACAUUAUUAUUCCAGUAUUGUUAAUUUGUAAUACGUCAAAUAAGACGUCAUAAUUAUUAGAAUAGUACAAAUGAUAGUCAAAGUUUAAUGUAUUCAUAGAUAUUUAAAAAGAGGAU